AUGGGGAAGGCUGUGCUCAUUCCGAAGGAUGACCAGGAGAAGAUGAAAGAGCUGUUUAAAAUCAACCAAUUUAACCUGAUGGCCAGUGACUUGAUUGCCCUGAACCGAAGUUUGCCCGACGUGCGAUUGGACGGGAAAACUGUUGUCUGCCCCAUCAUUGAUGUGAUCAGCGAUGACACGUUUGAAUACAUGGCUGGCUCUGAUAUGACUUACGGGGGGUUUAACUGGAAACUCAACUUCCGCUGGUAUCCAGUUCCCCAGAGGGAGAUGGACAGGAGGAAAGGAGACAGGACCUUGCCUGUCAGGACCCCUACUAUGGCUGGUGGCCUAUUUUCUAUUGACAGAAACUACUUUGAAGAGAUAGGAACUUACGAUGCAGGAAUGGAUAUCUGGGGUGGCGAGAAUCUUGAAAUGUCUUUUAGGAUUUGGCAGUGCGGCGGCUCGCUCGAGAUUGUCACCUGCUCGCACGUUGGCCACGUGUUCCGAAAGGCAACACCUUACACCUUCCCUGGUGGCACGGGGCAUGUCAUCAACAAGAACAACAGGAGGCUGGCAGAGGUCUGGAUGGAUGAGUUUAAGGAUUUCUUCUAUAUAAUAUCACCAGGUGUGGUUAAGGUGGAUUAUGGCGAUGUAUCUGUCAGAAAAGCGCUAAGAGAGAACCUGAAGUGUAAACCCUUCUCGUGGUACUUGGAAAACAUCUACCCUGACUCCCAGAUUCCGCGGCGCUAUUACUCGCUUGGUGAGAUCAGGAACGUGGAAACGAACCAGUGUUUAGACAACAUGGGCCGCAAGGAGAAUGAAAAAGUGGGCAUUUUCAACUGCCACGGCAUGGGAGGAAAUCAGGUGUUUUCCUACACGGCUGACAAAGAGAUCCGCACGGACGACCUGUGCCUGGACGUCUCGAGGCUGAACGGCCCCGUCACCAUGCUGAAGUGCCACCACAUGAGGGGCAACCAGCUCUGGGAGUACGAUGCCGAGUAUGCUGGGAAAUGGGAAUAUAGCUUUGAGAAGCUCACCCUGAGGCACGUCAACAGCAACCAGUGCCUGGAUGAGCCGUCGGAGGAGGACAAGAUGGUUCCCACCAUGAGGGAGUGCGGUGACGGCCGUUCCCAGCAGUGGCUGCUGCGCAACAUGACCCUGGGUGCUUGAAGUCGGCGCAGACCUGCUGUCUCGGCCAGGAUCUCCUCCUCCUCCUUCUCCUCCUCCUCCAUCUCCUUCUCCCUCUCCUCCUUGCUGAGGCCAGCGGGGCUGAAGCCCUCUCCAAGCCCCAGCUGUCAGAGCAGAGUCACGGCGGGGGGUUUCUGUGAUGUGGCAGCUCUCGGUGUGCCCCUUCGAAACCUGUGACUGUUCCAGAGAACCUCAUCUGAGCCUCUUUAAGUGUCAAAACGCCUGCUGUUACCAACACAAAUAUGCUCAAAAAUGGUUCCAGGGAAACCUCCACGAAGCCUACAUCAAGGAGGUUGGCUUGGAGGGUGUUUUCUGUGUGUCGCACACCACUGCGGAGAAGUGACCCCACAUAAAACGCCUUAUGACACAAACUGGCACUGGGAACCAUCCUGGCAGGCGUCUCCUGAGCUGGAUGCGUUGGUGCUGGUUUUCCUGGCAACGUGGUGGGGAUAUUUGCUGCUCUCCGGGGUCGAAUGGGAGUCGGUGAAGAGCCACGCUGAGCAGCAAAGUCACCAGAGUGAAAGCUUUAUGGUUUGUGCCAGGAAAAAGAAUGGGUUUGGUGUUUGGAAAGGCAGCAAAACUGAGCAGAGACUGCACUCAGAAAUAGAAAUUAAAUGAGGCAAUGGCAAGUGACGUGGGAAUGAUGUUGAGAAGGAGGAGUGACACACGCGGGUAACUCAGACCAGGUUGAGAUCUCCCCUGCGGUGGGAAGAGGAGUGGCUGGGGCUGACACCUGCGGAGCUGCGAGACGGAGGUACCAAAAACUGAGACCACCAGAGACUGAGACUGGGUCUGGACUCGAUCCCUGGCUGCUACCCUUCAGCGUUAGUAGAUACCCGGCACCCUGCAUCAGACAGAGCGGAGCUGCGUCCGCGGAUCCCCUGCGCACAGAGGGUGGAACUGCAUCGAGUUCUGCCUCCAGAUGUUCUUGCUUCGGUAGAGAUGACAGAUGCUUAUUUAUAUUUUUAAUAAUUUUGUGGCUUAAUCAUUUUGUUAGCGUGGUUCUUACAACUCUGCUGAUGGCACGCAGCCGUGGCUGGGGCGUCGCGGGAACUGAUGCCGUGGAGGGGG